GUGAUUGGGCCAAAUGACGCCACACGUUAUUGUUAGAGGUGCCACGUGACAAUUAAAGCCAAGGGAAAGGUGCAAACCGGAGCGCAGUAUAAAAGUCCGGGAGCUGAGGGACUGUCUGCAGCGGGAAAACAUCUUCCCUGCGACUUCUUCCCAAUGGAGUUCCACCGUGCAAAUUGAUCCAGCCAGUUAAAGAACGUCCUUCCCCAUCCUCCCGGGCCACGUUCCAUCUACGGCCAACAUUCCAUUCCCGGGUCACGUUCCAUCCACGGGCAACGUUCCAUUCCCGGGUCACGUUCCAUCUACGGGCAACAUUCUAUUCUCGGGCAACGUUCCAUCCCCGGACCAUCAUCGAAUCGCGCUAGCAGCAUUAUGGACACGGAAGCCUGUCUCCUGUCAUGCCUGGACAAACCCGCCUCUAACCUCGGCGUCAAUGAUGUGUACGAGAUCGCCAAGUUGAUCGGCACUGAGCUGGAGAAGCUAAUCGACAGCCACGGGAAGAAAGUCGUGGAAGGUCUGAUCCCUAAGAUUGUCCGCAUCUUGGAAAUGCUGGAAAGUUUCGUGACAAGGAACGGGAAUACCGAGCAGGAGCUGAUCCGAGCUUUCGUGAGAUUACAAGAUGGAGAGAGAAGCGCUGGCCAUUACAAGAUUGCUCUUGUGGCCUUUGAGUCCGGUCAGAAAAGCUUUCCACUCCCCAGGAAAGAUCUGGAUCAUAAAACAAGCACGUGGCAUAAACCAAUCCAGGAACUACAGAAACAGAUUUCCCAACUGACCGAUGAAAACCAGCGUCUUGUUAACCAGUUGGUUGAGAUUCAGUCUCAGGAAGACAGCCUUUCAAAGAAGGAACGGGAAGUAAUGUUAAAAUUAAAAGAAGUGGUUGAUCAACAACGAGAUGAAAUUCGAGCCAAAGGCCAUGAGAUCUAUUGCAAGAAUGAAGAUGUCGAUGCACUUCAACAGCAGCUGGAUCGCGUUCUGAAGGUAAACGAUGAUUUGCGGCAUAAAAUAAAUGUCGUCCAAACCCAGUUGAGAAAUGUGUUGGAGAAGAAGGCAGAAUUAGAAGUCACAGUGCAGCAAAAGGAGAAAGAAAUAAACCGACUGCAGCUCAACCUGACUGAAGUUCAGGCAGAAAACACUGGCGAAAAGUUCACAGAUGUAUCAACAAUCAACAUGGCUGAUAAAAUCAUCAUUGAUGUGAAUGAUCCAAACCGGCCUUAUUUCACAAAACAAGAAAUGCGACAGAUUCUGCAUGAGCGCAAUGAACUAAAGGCAAACUUGUUCCUGGUGCAGGAGGAACUAGCUUACUAUCAGAGAGAGAUACUCAAUGAUGAGAAGUGUCCGGCAAUUUUCAUGGAAGCAAUCAAGAGUGCAAUUAAAAAGCAGAGGAAAAAGGUGAAGGCCAAAAUGUUGGGAAUACAAGAAAACAUGUGUAGCAGUGAUGAGGAUGACCAAGAAGCUCUUGCCAUUCCCUGCUUCUCACCAGAUGAAGUGGAUGCCAAGCCACCAGAGUCAAAAAUCAAAUCCAUAAAUCCAUCUUCAGAAUUUAGAACUACUUUGCAAAGUAUUGUCUCCCAAGAAAUCCAGAUCUGGAUUUUGGAACUGCUUUGCAAAGUACUUUCCACCAGGUUUGGAUUUCUUUAUCGCGGUAACAGUGCGAAAACAUCAACAACCAUAACAUCUACCACAACCUCAGCUGAAGCUUGGGAAGUCAUUGGCUCCAAGGAAGCGAACUUGCAUGAGGAAUGUUCACAAACCAAAGAAUAAAACUAAGGGGGGAAAAAAAAAUCUGUACAUAGUCUUUCAAUAUGACUUGAUUUACUUGCUGCUUUGAAAUAUACAAAAUUUUAGAUUCAUUUCCAACUAACAGGAAUUAACUAUUGUAACUUUUACACUAAGACUAAGCUAUUUAAUAAAGCUUUUAUUUUAA